UCCCUCUCAAUCCCCCUCAGCCCAUCAUCCGAUUCCCCUCGGCUUCUAUCCUCAGCUCUGCCUUCCUAUCCCGUAAGGUGGGGAGGGGAGAAAGCAUGAAGCUGAGCGUGGCCUCCUUCUUCGGCUCUAACUCCAAGAAGGCCGACAAGAAGAAGUCCAAGAACCGCCGCGACAGCUCCUUCGGAAACAACGCCUCCACCUCCUCCUCGUCCGACGAGUCCUCCACCUCCUCGUCCCUCCUCCACGCCUCCCCAAGAUCCGUCCUCCCCUUCUCCGUCCACGACCUCUUCGGCGUCCUCGACCGCGACGGCGACGGGAAGAUCGUGGCCCGAGAGCUCGAGGCCGUUCUGCGGCGGCUCGGCCCCGAUCCGCUCACGGCGGAGGAGGCCGCGUCGGUCGCCGCGGAGGUCGGCCUCGCCGGCGACGGGUGCAUAACCGUGGAGGAGCUGGAGGCCCUUGGGGCCAAGCUGCAGCUUCCGGCGGCCGCGGAGGCGGAGGCGGAGCUGCGCGAGGCCUUCGCGGUGUUCGACGCGGACGGGGACGGGAAAAUCUCGGCCGAGGAGUUGCUGGGCGUGUUCGUGACGCUUGGGGACGACGGGUGCACCUUGGAGGAUUGCCGUUGCAUGAUCCAAGGGGUGGAUACCGACGGCGAUGGCUUCGUUUGCUUUGAUGAUUUCGCCCGGAUGAUGGACGGUCAGAGAUGAUGAAUUGUGGUGGCGGUGAUGAUGACGGACCAGAAUUUUUCUUCUCCUUUUUUUUUUUGUCAAAAAUACCAUCAACCAAAUUGGACGAUAAAAUUUUCUUUGCUAAUAAUAUUCUGGUAUUUUUAUAGCAA